AUGAGCAUUAGCGAACAUACAGGAAAUGAGGUCAGCAUAGCAGAACGAGAAAAGAAGGAAGAAGGCAGCGGGGGAGUUGAAAAUGACAAAAAUGUGUCCCCCACGGAUGGUGAGAGUAUGCCUCAUCGAAUGGAGAAAAUGAAAGGUGUGGCAAAUGAUGAGGAUUCUGUAGAGGUGGGAAGUAGUGUUUUGUGUGUCGGCUGCAGUGGUGAGGCAUCCCACAUGGAAGAGGGAAGUGCCAACUGCCUAAACGAGGAGAAUCCCCGAACAGAGAAGGCGGACAGUGAUAAAAAGGCGCAACGUGAAAGCAUCCUCAAUGAGGUAAAAAAUGUUAAAAAUGAAAUAAAUGUGGAGACAAAACUUAGCGCCCAAAUUAGUAACAACGACACGUAUGUAGAGAACGCCCCGAAUGGUAAGGCAUGUGGAGAAGGGCAUAGCAACACUCACGUGGAUCAUGAUCAUAAUCAUGGUGGUGAUGAACCUGCAAUUGUUCAACCGAGCAGCAAUGGUGAGGUCAUUCCAAAUGGAAGUGGCGCGUUAAAUGUGGAGGCUGAUACACCACUCGAUGAAGAAAACUUCUUAACGGAUGACAGACCUGAGGAGAAUGCAGACAGUACGAGCAGCUUCAUGUUAGAAGAAGACAUAAAUUUAUCCCGGAGAGCGUAUAGAAAUUUUCACAUAUGUUCCAUAUUUAUUCAUGGGACUUUGUUAUUAAUGGUAGUAUUACUGAUGGGUAUUUUAUGCCACGAUUUUAUCAAGCUAUCUCCUAUUUCGCAGAAGGAGAAAACAAUGACUUACUUUUGUGGGUUGCUCCUGAGCAUGCUAGGGUUACAUCUUUGCCUAAAUUUAUAUAUGUCUUUAAUGUUACUGAGACAGGCGGAAGUUUCAAAAAUGUUAAAAUCGGUGGAGGCCAAAAUUCAUGUUAUUGUUUUGGUAUACUUUUCCAUGUGUGCAUAUAUCUACUUUUUUGAAGAGAAGAAUUACCCCAUAAGUUCUACCUUUUCCUUCACCAUCAUUUUAGCUAUCAUAUAUUAUUUUAUGCCGAUAUUUUUAUAUAUAAUUUUGAGGCUUCUUUUCAUAGUGGUCAUUUUGGUUUUAGUUUUUGUGAAGAGGAAGAGUCCCACGCCGAAGAAGAUUUUGAAAAAAUUGAAAAUUAUGAAAUAUGUAGAAUAUAGGAAGUAUUGUGAGGAGGAGGCUUGCUUUGGUAGCGCCUAUUUUACCAACUGGAGGGAGCUAAAUGGGGAGGUGACAGAUACAAGGGAGGCCACGACGACCACUGCGGUGGAUGCAGGCACUGUGACUGCUACACCUGGUGGAAAUAACAAAGGGGAUGACGUUGCGUCUGGUGAGGUCAGGUCCAACAGAAAUACGGACGGGAAUACAAUCUCAACGACAAUGUCCUGCGUGCGGGGUAGCAGUGCCAAUGGAAGUGGAGGCGAUCCCCCAAGCAGUAACCCGAAUGACCGGCCAACCCGCAGCGGCAACAGCAACACGAGGAGUAACCUGGAGAGGCACCUUUUCUAUGAUCGUAGUGGGGGGGGUACUGGUAGAGGAGGAGGGUCCUCCAAUCGGGGGGGUACUCAAGCUAAAGACAGGGGAAGCAACGACCAAACCAUCGGUAACCAAAAUGGUAGGGAUAACGCCAAUGAAGAUCCCCCCCGAAUUACGAUAACCACCGUGAGGUUCCAAAUACCAGCGACGAAGCUAAUGGUGGGCCAAAUAAAGACGGCAAAUCAGCAGGCGUAUUUGAAUACUUCCAGAAAGUUUUGA